AUAAAAUAUUUUAAAAUAUCUGCAACAUGGCAAAUAAAGAAUACUACAAACUUUGGUUAGACUUCAAAGAUGAUUUUAAGAAAGUUCUUGCCGACGAUGUGCGUAUUCAAGAAUUAGCAGAUCGAAAGAUCGGUAUUAAGCCUCAAUCAACAGCUGUAGAAAUAUUGUCCCGAGUGUAUUGCAAGUAUUGCGAACUGUACAACAAACUAUGUGAGUACUACGACCAGAUGGAACAAGUGCAACGUCGGCCGUACAUAAAAACUCUUAUUGACUCUAUCACUUGCCGAAUCAUAGAAUUAAAAAGAUCACUAGAAGAAAUUGAGUCCUUUGAGUUUACUUACACUGACAAUGCUUUGCAACAGCUAAUUUUAGUUCCACAAAAUGUUGAGAUCCUUUGCCCUUUCUUUUAUCCUUUUGAAAUUCGAGAAAAAGAAAUACAGUACAUCAUUGAUGAAAUUAUGGCCGGUAAUCGUCUUGGUGAUCCAACUCCAACGCAAUCGGAAAUUUUGCGACAAGAAGAAGCUAAAGAAGAGGAAGAAAGAAUAAAACAGGAAGAAAAAGAAGAAGAAAUUAAAAGGAAACUAGCCUUCGGUGAGGAGAUUGAAGAAUCAAAACCAGUCAUUGUGUAUUCUCCAGAACAACUUGCUAAGAUACAGGCUGAAGAAGAAUACACACUUCAUUUAUCUAAUAUACAAAGAAUGGAGAGGUCGCGAGUAGCUACGAAAGAAAGAGUUCAGAAAGCGAAUAAAGAUGAAAAUAUGUACCUAUUUUUAGCAGGGCUCAAAGUGCCAUUACCUAAUGAUGAAAUAAAAAAUCGAGCAAGCUCUAUUAUUCAAAGAGUUUACAGAAAAUUCAUGGAAUUGAAACGAGAAGAACUGCGAAAUACUAGAUUAAAAGAAAACAUAGGAAUGGUUAUGCCCUCUUAUACACCACCGUCAGCUAAGAUAGAGUUAGAAAGAGUAAAAGAGAUUCGACGUAACUUUCGGCGGGCAUACUACGAGAAAUGGCUUGAAGAAAACGUUACAGAGAAUAGUAAAGUUCUUCGACUACGAAAACAUGACAUAAUGGAAGAUAUAACAGCAGAAGUUCGAGCAUGGUUUCUUGAGUGGUAUACAGCGGUAAAUUGUUUUGAUGAAUACCCUUGGCCUGGAGAAGGAGGCUCUAUUCUGGUUGUUCGUGGUGAAACGAUGACUACAGCGGAGUAUGAAGAAUGGAAAAAAGCUGAAGAAAAGAGAAUGAAACAAGCUGCGAAUAAUCCAAAAACAAAAGAACAGAUUAAAGCGGAGAAAAAGGAAGCACGGGAAGAAAAGAAAAACAAGGCUCGAGAAGAAAAACAAAGGGAAAAAAUUAAGCAAGCUAAUUAUAUGAAGCAACGUCUUAACCCUAAAAGUGACCCAGGGGUGUAUUUACCUAAAUCUGUAUGUUUCGAUCCAAUUAAAGAAAACUGGAAAUUAUAUGAAAAUCAAUGGAAUCAAAUUGACACCCGUGAUCCUGAAGUAGAAGCCAUUAAAGGCUAUAUAAUGAAAUUAAUUACUGAAGAUGCAUAUCAAAAUGCUCAAUUUCAAUUACGUCCCAUUGUCGAUGAAAUGAUGAGAUUGGAACUGAAGAUGCUAAAAAAAGCAUUAAAGAAGGAUCUUAAAAGACAAGAAAAAGAAAUGCCACUAAUUCGAAAAAGAAAGAAACCUAAAAAAGUUAGGCCUCCGAAACCCGAGAAAGUUCCACCAGCAGUGCUGUUCCAGAAACUAGUCGACGCCGGGGUGGUGAAGCCAUAUCCACGGGUUACUCUUGAUGAUUACUGGGGUGAUCGGAAUUAUGCUGCUGCAGAUUUGAGGACAGUGCCAUGGGUCCCAAAAUUCCCUCCACCGUGCCUGGGAGACGUUAGAGAGCAAGUGCGCGUCCGAUGUCUACUCACGCUCGGCUGCGACUGCCCCAACGCUGAGCGCUCGCAUUUAAUAGUUGGUCCUAGAAGAUCUGGUAAAAAGACGCUAGUCUAUGCAAUUGCCACUGAAACAAAUUCCGUAGUUAUUGACCUCUCGCCGAUCAAUUUACACAAUAAAUUUCCAGGAAAGGAACUAAAAGGCAUGUAUCAACUAGUAAACAAAAUAAGUAAAAUAAUGCAACCAACCAUCAUCCUUUUAGAUAAUGCAGACAAAGUAUUCUAUAAAAAAGUACCAAAAGAGGAUAGAUCGUUAAAUCCUACCCGAAUACAGAGAGAUUUCUAUAAAAAAAUAGCCAAGAAUGUCAAAAACGAAGACAAAAUUCUCAUUAUGGGAACAGCGUCGCAACCAUGGUUGUCUAAAAAGAAGUUACUACGUAAAUCUUUCAAGUCAGUAAUUCUUUUACCGAGAACUGAUUACGGAAGUAUAUCACUAAUAUUACAUAAAGAAUUGAUGAAAUAUCAUGGAGUCAAUCGUGAAUUUGACGUGCAUAGUUUAGCCCAGACGAUUAGGGGGUAUGAUGUGCAAUCGAUAUUAGCUGCAGUGAAGGUAGCCCUCUGUGCCGACCGUAUAGCCACGCUGGGACACACUCCACUACAACCGUUAGAAAUACUAAAUGCUCUUCUUGAAAUGGAGGACGCCGUCUACACUGAUGAUGAGGGCUACAAAUUGUACACCAAUUGGUACAUGAAAUAUUCCGAAUGGGGAGAGAAAUACGCUAACCUCAUGACUAUGAUAGACGCUCAAUAUCAAUUAAAAUUAAAACAAGAUAAGAAAAAAAAGAAGAAACCGCCAGCUUGAAUUUAAACCUACGUUUUAAUUAAAAUCUAUAAAUGUU